UAAAGCGACAGGACUUCUUUAACUAUCAUAAUAAAAUCUGAAGAGUGCUUAGAGUGUCCCGGGCUAGCUGGGUCCGCUGAAGGCGACGCGGCACAGAAAGUUCGGGAACCGAGAGGCCGCGUGACUGGGGGAGAGGCACUGGCCUCCAGCCCCUGCAGCCUGAGGCCCCACAUGGCCCAGCAGAGAGCCCUGCCCCAGAGCAAGGAGACGCUGCUGCAGUCCUACAACAAGCGGCUCAAGGAUGACAUCAAGUCUGUCAUGGACAACUUCACCGAGAUCAUCAAGACUGCCAAGAUUGAGGAAGAGACACAGGUGUCGAGGGCCACUCAGGGUGAACAGGACAAUUACGAGAUGCACGUGCGGGCUGCCAACAUCGUCCGAGCUGGCGAGUCCCUGAUGAAGCUGGUGUCCGACCUCAAGCAGUUCCUGAUCCUCAAUGACUUCCCGUCAGUGAACGAGGCCAUCGACCAGCGUAACCAGCAGUGGCGAGCCCUGCAGGAGGAGUGUGACCGGAAGCUCAUCACCCUGCGUGACGAGGUGUCCAUCGACCUGUACGAGCUUGAGGAGGAGCACUACUCGUCCAGCACAAGUCUGUGCGAAGCUAAUGACCUACCUCUGUGCGAAGCUUACUGGAGGCUGGACCCUGACACAGACUCCACCGAUGGCCUCUCGGCCCCUCUGCUGGCAGCCCCAGAGCCUGGAGCAGGCCCCCUGCCUCCUGCAGCCCCUGGCCUCUCCCACACUGGUGGCCCAGGCCCCACUGAGCAUGCCUGACCUUCGCAGGCUGUCCUCCCUGAGCCCCUGGUUUCUCAGAAAAGAAACCCAGUGCUCCCCUCAGCAUGCUGCACAGCUUCACUUUCAGCCUUGGCUCCCAUUUGGGGACCCCAGGACCCUGGACCCGCUGGCCUCUUUGAGAACCUCAGCCCACCUAGGACGUCAGGGAAGUCCUUCCCCCCCGCCCCGUUCCUGGGGGGCCAUCACUCUUGCAGUCAUGUCUCUAUUAGCUGCCUUCUGGCCAGCCAGAUGGGAGGGUUUCAGGAUAGGGCUUUCCUGCUAGGGACCUAGCAAUGGGGCGAGGGAAGGCGUGGCCUGAGCACACCAUUUAAAAUAGGGAGGGGCUGAGAAUGGACGGUCUCCUGUCCUUAGGCCAUCCUGCGUGUGGCCUCUGACCCUGAACCACAGACCACGGACACUGGCUGUUUUGUAAUGGGACUGUUUAAUAAAAACAUCAGCACACUUUCGCAUUGGUUCCUCUU